AUGGCUUGUAGCAAUGAAUAUGAAAUUGCUCUAAUCGACAACGAAAUAGAUGCUCGUUUAUGUGCUAAACUAAUUUCAGAAGAAUUCACUUCACACACUCCUUUGACGGUUUAUUCUCAGAGAACUGCCGAUGAUUACUUUAAUCAACGGAGUUGGCCAUUAAUGAUUGAUUUACUGGAUCAAAAAUUAUCAUUUCUGGCACGGCAUCGUCCAACAAAUGAGAUCGUUGCAGUAAUUACAGGUGGUGACCUAUAUUUACAUUGUAAAAGACAUCCAUAUGAUACAUUGAGUCCUGCAUCUCAUCCAGUGCAAGAUUUAUAUGCAGAAAUGCUUAAUCAUUUUGUUCAUGAUGAUUUUGGCAAAGAAUUAGAACCAAAUAUGGUUUUAAAGAUAUUAGCUGGUGCCACGCGAUCUGAUCAUGCAGGUAAAGGUUUAGCUACUCAACUGCGUUUCCAUUUAUGUAAUUAUGCACGAGAUACACGAGGAUUUCAGUAUGCGUUUAUACAAACAGGUCAUUCAGCAACGCGUCAUAUCUAUGUUAAAAAAAUGAAUGGAAAAGAAAUGAGAAUUCUUUAUCCAGCAAACUGGUUAUGGAAUAAGAAAGAUGAUGGUCUAUCACGUCCAUUCAAAGAUUAUAAAGACGAACCAGUAGUCAAUAUUCUGGUCAAUCUAAACGAACAAAAAUAA